CACUCUCUACCUUUCAAAAUUUCAAAUCAAACUCGCUUGCAUAAAUAUUGGAAAAGAGACUGAUUGCAUCGGAAAAUCCAUUCGAGGGGCAAAGGCUAAGAAGAAAAAAUUCUCAAAAAGUUGUUCUAGAAGCAUUAACAUGGCGGAGGCCGCUAUCUUAGGGAUGAUACAACAUCUCGAGGGUUCGUAUGCUAAAUGUUACAACUUUGAGUACAGAAUUAAAGAGCUACGAGGGGUGUUGGAUUUCUUGAGUGAUUUGAAAAUGGAAGAGAGGAGAAGGCCAAAAUAUUUGAUGGCUGACUUGGUCGAGUUGGCUCAAGAUGUUGCGGACAGCAGGAACAUUAGAUUUUAUCCAAGGGAGAUCAAGAUGACAAAAAUGCGAAUCAUAAACUUCAGAGCAGAUGACAAAAAUGAUAAGAAGAAGAAGAAGAAAAAUAAGCAGAAGAAGAAGAAAAAGAAGAAGAAAGAAGAAGUUGUGGUGGGGUUGGAGAAAGACGUGCGCAAGUUGAUUGACGGAGUAUUACUAAACGAUUUAUGUACAGACGAUACUUGGAUUAUCAAAGGCAUGACUGGUAUAGGAAAGACAACUCUUGCGAGACAAGUAUACAACCAUAAGGACGUCGUGGGCUGGUUCGAGCACCGGGGGUGGGUGUCCAUUACUAGUGACAAGAGUUACAAAGAGAUACUUGUGGAUCUGAUACAACAGAUGAUGGUAGACAGUGAAGAACUGAUUGAUAGAGAUUAUUUGUUGGAGGAAAAGGAUAAUCGAAGUCUACGAAAGAUGCUUCGGCAACACCUGGAAGGAAAGCGAUUUUUAAUGGUUUUCGACAACAUGCCCAAAGGAAUGGACUUGAGAGACAUCUUGCGACAUCGAGAUGAUGAUGAAUACCAUGAAGAUUGGGGAAGUCGAAAGUUGUGGACAAGCCGUUUUACAACAAAUAUAGACGAUUGUAUUCACAAUAUGAAAGCUUUGGAUUCUGAUAAGAGCUGGCAAUUGUUUUUGAAAACAAUUGAUAAAUUUAUAAGUGAUGAGCACAAAUUCACAAAGGAGUUGGAGAGGAAGGGAAAAGAGAUGCUGAAAAAAUGUGGGGGUUUGCCGCUUGCUAUAAUAGAUGUCGCAAGGCAGAAAGCAAAACAAAGACUUUUAGGGAUUGAAUGGGAAGAACUUUUUGAUUCAAUUGAUUUGAGUGAAUCAUUGAAAAAAUUGGAACCGAUGUAUGAUGAAUUGGAUGAAGAUAUUAAGGCAUGUUUCUUGCAUAUGUCCCUUUUUAAGGAAAAUGCAAUAAUGAGGGAAGAGAAGUUGGAACAAAUUUGGGCUGCAAGUGGAUUAGACGCACUAACAACACUUGAAGACCGGUACAUCGGAGAAGAAGGAACAUGUUAUGUUUUACUUACAGAAUCCAUUAUUAAAGCAGUGAACGAAACUCCACAUCAACGUGAAGUAAAAAGGUGUCGAAUGAAUCCUCUACUACACAUGCUAUCAGUACAAAAAGCGGAGGAGGAAAUAGGCUUGGAGAUCUUAAACAGCAAUGGAAAUAGUAAACCUUCUCAGAAUCCUCGUCAUCGUGUUAUUCAUUGUGGCAGAGAGAAGUUUAAUCAUUCCACGAAUCACGACAGCAAACAGCUUAUUUCUCUCAUUUUCCAUGGGGGUGGUGGCUACUUAGAGGAUGUUAGCCCGUCUUAUUGGGAGAGUUUUGAACUACUCAAAAUACUCGACUUGGAAGAUUUUGGGGUGAAGACUAUGUCAGAAUCAAUCGGAACUUUGACUGAGUUAAGGUAUUUAGGAUUAAGAAACAAUUACCUAACGAGGAUCCCACGCUCGUUGGGGGAUCUUGAAAAGCUUGAGGUUCUUGAUAUAGAUCUAAACUUCAUGGUGGAGGUAUCGGAGAUCAUAGGGGAAAUGGGCAGCCUUCGUAAUCUCCACAUGUCUGAUGUGAUUUUCAGGCAUCCUUUGAAAAUUGACACAUUAGAGAAUCUCGAGACCCUAACCAACAUCUCGAUUUAUAAUUGGACAUAUGAGGUCUCAGGCUUGGAGACAUUGAAUCAUCUUGUAAAAUUAGGCAUUGAAGACGUUGAUGAAAACUUGGAUGUAGGCAAGCUCUUUGCGUCACUAGCUAAGUUGAGGAGCCUACAACACCUUAUCUUGAAAGGGUCUCGUUUUAGAAGCAUGCCAUGUUUGGAUGAGAUUGGUGUUCUUUAUUUACUUCCGAGACUUCGCCUAGAUGGACGCCUUGAUAGGCUACCAAGUGCUAGUAAUUUCCCUCGAUGUAUUCAUCACUUGAUUUUGGCUAAUACUUGUCUUGAAGAUGACCCCAUGCCGAUACUAGAGAAGUUGAGUCGACUGAGACUCCUCAAACUGCGGAAUGCAUUCACUGGUCGAGAAAUGGUGAUCCAGGACCAGGGGUUUCCAUGUCUCCGUUUCCUUAUCAUCAAUGAGCUGUGGAAUCUUAGAAACAUUCAAGUUGGUUGGGAUGCAAUGUCGAUUCUCGGCCUACUAGAAAUCAAUAACUGUCCACAUCUCGAAACAAUUCCAGAAGAGAUUGGGUCGAUGAAGCAUUUCGAGGAGUUUAAGAUGGUAACAACCAAACACAUUGCAACAAAGGUAAGAGCUUCGAGCUUACCCUCCAAUAUCGUGGAGCUGGAUAUCGUUCCGUAAUUUCAAAGGAUCUUCGUGGUCUAGGGAUUGUGGAUGCUCGCAAUGGAUCUUCGAGGACGCUAUGCCCUCUUUGCACUUGCAUUCUAUGUUAUACAUUAUGUUGAUGAUUAACUAAGCUUUUUAUUUUUUUUCACUUAUGAGAAAAUGUGGUCACUUUUUAUUUACUAGCUAA